CUGGGCGUGGAAGUUUCUCUUCGGAGUUUCGCUUAAAAGCGGCGGCGCGGGAGUCCUCCGGCAGUCUCUUGUCGCCGGUCAUGGGACACUCCCCUGAUGCCGCGCUGGACCCCGAGGCCCCGUGGCCUCCGGCGCCCCGCACGCGCUCCUGCCGCCCGCUGCGGUGGGUCCUGGUCGCCGGGCUGCUGCUGCUGCUCGCGGCCGCCUGCGCCGUCUGCGUCGCCCGCCCCUGGGCCGUCUCCGGGGCUCAGGCCUCACCCAGCUCCGUACCCAGCCCGAGACUCCGCUACAGCCCUGAGCUUUCGCCAGGUGACCCCGCCGGCCUCCCGGACCCGCGGCAGGGCAUGUUUGCACAGCUGGUGGCCCAAAAUGUUCUGCUGACCGACGGGCCCCUGAGCUGGUACAGCGACCCCGGCCUGGCAGGUGUGUCCCUGGCGCAGGGCCUGAGCUAUGAGGAAGACACGAAGGAGCUGGUGGUAGGCACGGCUGGAGUCUACUACGUCUUCCUGCAACUAGAGCUGCACCGUGUGGUGGCCGGCCAGGGCUCAGGCUCCGUCUCACUUGCGCUGCACCUGCAGCCGCAGCGCCCUGCUCCUGGGGCCACCGCCCUGGCUUUGACCGUGGACCUGCCACCCACCUCCUCCGAGGCUCGGAACUCGGCCUUCGGUUUCCGGAGCUGCCUGCUGCACCUGGGUGCCGGCCAGCGCCUGGGCGUCCAUCUGCACACUGACGCCGGCACACACCAUGCCUGGCAGCUUACCCAGGGCGCCACUGUCUUGGGACUCUUCCGGGUGACCCCCGAAGUCCCAGCCGGACCGCCUGCACUGAGGUCCGAAUAACGCCCCGCCUGGGUGCAGCACACCUGGACAGAGACUGAACCCUACUGAGACCCCUGGUGCUGGGUCCCUGCUGCUUUCUUUACCUCAAGGGGCGGGGUAGGGGUCCCUGCUGCUGACCUCCCCUGGAGGACCCUCCCCACCCCCUCCUGUCCCACGUUGGACCUUGAUAUUUAUUCUGACCCUGAUACCAGAUAUUAUAUGUAUGUAUAUAUUUAAAGAGUUUGUAUAUAUUUCUGAGAUUGUGGAAUGGGCUUUUUUUGGGGAGUUGUUGGGAGGUCUCCUGCAUUGCCAAGCUGGUCUCAAACUCCUGGACUGAGACAAUCCUCCUGGCUCAGCCUCCCAAGCAACUGGGAUUCAUACUUUCUAUAAA